AUGGGCUGCAAUCUGUGCACUUUACAGAAGCGAGAGGAACACUACAAGCUGCUGUAUGAGAUUGCACAGGUGAAUGGGAAGGAGUUGUCUAAGUCCAGCCACGAUGACACUGUGGAGGCCUUUCGCUCUGCCAAGGACCCCGUCGUGGUGCAGGUCAUCAGGCGGACCCCCAGCGGUCGCCCCCAUGGCCCCCCUCAGGAAAUCCAUGUGGUGGAUGUGUGCACUCAGACCGACAUCACCUUUGAACACAUCAUGGCGCUGGCAAAGCUCCGGCCUUCAACCCCUCCUGUGCCUGACGUCUGUCCCUUCCUGCUCUCCGACAGCUGUCACUCUCUUCACACAAUGGACCAGGAUUAUUAUGAAGGGACAGACUACUUCUCCCCUGUUCCAGCUGAUGGAGAGAGGGCAGAGGAGUUUGAAUACGAGGAGGUGGAACUGUGUCGACUCAGCAGCCAGGAGAAGCUGGGCUUAACUCUGUGCUACAGGACGGAUGAAGAAGAGGAUGUGGCCAUCUAUGUUAGUGAGAUCUGUCCAAACAGCAUUGCCGCCCGUGAUGGACGUAUCCGAGAGGGGGAUCGCAUUUUACAGAUUAAUGGCCAAGACGUACAAGACAGAGAAGAAGCGAUGGCUGCACUCUCCAAUGAUGAGCGUAGGAACAUCGUACUGCUGGUUGCCAGACCUGAGAUGCAGCUGGAAGAGGCCUGGCUGGAUGAUGAGCACAGUGAGUUCCUGGAGCAGCUGAAGAUGGAAAUGUUGGAGGAGCAGCAGAGAGAGGAGAUGGAAUUAGCUGCCUUACAAGAGGAGCAGGAGAACGAGCAGGUCAGACAGCAGCAAAACAUAUCGACUCCCACCUGCUCCACACUCUCGCAUCAUAAGGACAGUGUAUUAAGUAUAAAAGACAGAAUGGAGAGUUCAGAACAUAAUGUCUUGGCACACAUCCAGAGACGUCUGUCUCAGUGCCUGAGAGACAAUCGGGACACACACUGUACCAGCAGCUCCUCAAGGCUGGAGGACAAGGAGGAUGAGGAAGAUGAUGAGACAGAGGGCGAUCGUUUCCAGCAACUUUUGGAGCUAAAGUGUCAGAUACGUAACAGCGGUGAGUAUGACCUGUUCUACAGCCGCCGCAGCACCAUUGAGUGCAGCGUGGGGGAGCAGGGCGGAGUACAACACGAGCUACGUAUGCUCAAUGAGGAGCUGCGCAGCAUCGAGCUCGAAUGUCAGAACAUCAUGCAAGCCCACAAGCUUCGCAAAGGUCAGCAGUCUCCCUCGACGGGCCGUUCUGUGCCCUCCACCAAAAAUCAAAACUUCCACCAUGGAGACCCGACAAGGGGGAAGCUGACCGACAUAAACGAGAGGCUGGAGAAAUCGGACAAGGACAGCUCCAGUGCCUAUAACACAGCAGAGAGUUCACGGAGCACCCCUCUGGCAAUGGACCGCUCCCCAGAGCACUCACUCCAGAGGAUGGUUAGUCUCACCAACCAGAGGAACCUCUGCAGCGGUCUUGCUACUGGCCACUCUCUAAGCCCCAGUCCCAUCCCAGCAUGCCGUGUUCCAGUCCUGGGCAAGAGCAGCAGCCCAGACCACAGCAAUCCAUCCGAGUCAGACCAGACACCUCAGGCUGAGGAGGAGAGCAGAGGGAAACUUAAGCAAUGUGCUUCUCGGAUUCCUUACUUCUCUCCUUCCCACAGCUCCCAGCAGAGGCAGGCCAACAUUCCAGCUCAUGCCCGCCACUACCAAAGCUAUAUGCAGCUGAUCCAGCAGCGCUCCGCUGUUGAGUACGCUCAGAGCCAGCUCAGCCUGCUUAGUGUCUGCAAAGAGCCACAGGGGCCCAUUAAUGAGCCCAAGAUGGAGUGGAAGGUCAAGAUCCGCAGCGACGGCACCCGCUACAUCACCAAAAGGCCUGUGAGAGACAAGAUCCUGAGGGAGCGAGCCCUAAAGAUUAAAGAAGAGCGUAGUGGAGGAAUGACCACGGAUGAUGAUGCAAUGAGUGAAAUGAAGAUGGGGAGGUACUGGAGUAAGGAGGAGAGAAAGCAGCACCUGGUCCGGGCAAAAGAACAGAGGAAAAGACGAGAAUUCAUGCAGCGUAGUCGACUGGAAAGUUUAAAGGAGAACCCUCAGAGCAGCAGCGAGGGUCGCAAGGAAGUCAGCAUCAUAGAGCUCAGCCAGAAAAAGAUGAUGAAGAAACGCAACAAGAAGAUCUUGGAUAACUGGAUGACAAUCCAGGAGCUGAUGACUCAUGGCACUAAGGCCGCUGAGGGAGCCAAAGUGCACAACGCCUUCCUUUCAGUCACUACUGUAUAAAAAAAACACACACAUUCUACCCCAUGUGGUACAACAUACUUGCCUCGUUAAAUGUGGCAUUUUUAUGAGGACAAUAGGAAUAUUUUUCACACUUUGUAACCCAAAAAGCAUUUUGUAAAGGAUUUAUCAGUGGCGUCAUUACAUUUUCUUGAUGUUUUUCGAAAUUGUUUUUCACAUCACUCUGUGGGGAAAACAUUUUUCUAUGAAACAAUGACAAUACAAUUAUUUUAUUACUUCACUCUAGACAUGAUUAUCUUUUCAAUUCUAUUUUCAUAUUUAUGUUGUAACCAUAUAACUCAAGACAGUUGUAUGAGACUCUUAAGUUGUUUCUGUUGUGUAUUACGUACACUUACCGAUGACGGAUCAGUGGGUCACCUGCCUUUCAUUUACUUUUUUACUGCUCCUUUAAUUAACAGAUCUACCUGGCCUUCAAAGCUGAAAUCACCAAGUUUCUCAUUAUUCAGAGUUAGUUGAAUUUAUGUUUCAGAUUACCGGUGCUUGGACAUGGCCUAAAAUUCUAAUUUAAUAAUCUAAGGCUCAAGCCACACUGCUUACUUCAUCUGUGCAUGACUGGCGUGGAACCUCUUUCUUUCAGUGUCCAUGUAAACAGGUUAGAGCAGCAACACAACCUGCAUGAGAUACACGUCUAAGGCGUGGCUUAAACCUCGCUGCAGAUUAUCUUGAGUUUCGGCAUGGAGCCUACUUUUCCACACGAGGCGCACAGUUGGUUCUCAGCAAAAAAUAGGUGGAAGAAGAUCUUUUGAUAGUCAUAUUGACAUCAUACCAGCAACAUUUCACUACAGUUUCAGUGUCUAUAUCUGUAGAAUGUCAGAGAUGGAGAAAAAGAGCUUUUAAGUUCAAUCAGCUCAUCUAUUUUAACUCCAUUUUCCAUCCAUCUUAAAAGGAUGGAAGAUUGAGUAAUAAAAAAAAGAAAAACAAACAAAGGCCCUUUUGCAGACAGAAUUCCUGAACUAAUAAUUAAUUGUGUUUUGUUCACUGAAGUCAGUUUAAAUGUGGAAACACAACAGUAGCAGCCCUGCAGAAGCAACACUCAGUGUGGACACACACAGGCGAAGCUGCAGCAGUUCAGCAGGUUAUCCGUCACCCACAGGUGGAGGUGGGUGGUGUGGCCUGAGCCUAAAGGGCCUUUCACACAGGACGCGGUAUGCGCUGCGCUUACCACGGGGUUCAGCGCACAGCUCGUGGUAGUUGUGAAAUAACCAGCAAAAUAGGCGGCGUUUUCAAAACUUCCAGCGGGGCGAUGGAGGUGUUUUGUGCUAAGUAGCAAGCAUUAGCACUAGCCCUGCUAGUAUGAAAGCUUUCCUCCCUGAGUCUCGACGCAACUGCAAAGUCGUGUCAUAUAAUGCAGGGAAUUCAGACACAAACCAGCUUUUCCUUCACUGUGCCCUCAGUGCCCGGCGAGAUGCCUCGUUUCUUUUGGCCGUGGUUAUACAUGAGAGCGCACUGGGGUCAGAGUUCAACAUAUUUGAACUUUGACUCCAGCAGGCGUGUGGUCUCACUGCCCUGCAUGCUGCGCUGCACUUGAGCUUUGCUGUUGUGCGAUACCAGCUAUUGAAAUAAAUGGGUUCCAGAGCGCAGCAGCAUCAUUGCACCGUGUUGUGUGAAAGGCACUUAACAGAUACCAUAGAGAUGUGGUAGCUGCAUAGCACUUAGGAUAGCUUAAGUGUUUUUUUCAAGUUAAUGUACGUUACAAACUUCAGCUUUAAAGGCACACAUGUCACACAUUCCAGUUAUAGUACUGUAUAAUUUGUUUCUUAUAAGGAAGUUGAGUAUAACUAUGGAAAAGUGUAAUGAAUUUGAAAUAAACUGUAACUUGGAAUGCAGUUUCAUGGGUCAAAUGCUUUAUGUCAACAAACUUGGUUGCUGCAAUCAUGAAAUGUUGAUGUACUUCAGCAGCUAAUUUUCAUUCAGUUGUUACAUGCAAAGAUAUAUAUAUAUAACAAAAAUGCAUUUUCUAUGUCCCAGUUAAAGCAAGGAAGACACUGACUCCAUCCAUUCCUAAAAGGAAGAAAAUCCCCCAAAAAUGUUUGAGCAUUGUAAAUUGUCAGCGAGUAAAGAUUUCUGGUCAACGAUUAACUUUUGUUAAUAUCAAUUUUAUCAGCAAUUUUGUAAAAGUGUCUUUAAAAAGUUGGAUACCUCAUUUUACAGUGAAACUCUUCAUGUGUUCUUUCUGCAAUUUGUGACCUUGAGGACUUAAGCAGCAAAGCUACAAACAAGGAAACAGCACAUGCAAAGCUGCUACACUGACAGGUCAAAGCCUUUGUGUACACAGAGAAUAUGUCAUUUUAUCUAAAUAUUUUUGGAGAUUCUUAAUGUACGGGACAUCCAAAAAAAUAAAAAAUAAAAAAUGCAUCUCAUUGCCAGUGCUGCUGCUUUGUUUGUCUGGUUUGCAGCUUUGGGUAUAAUUGUUUUGUAUUCAAUUUUAUUUUGGCUUAAUAUUGAGUUUUUUCUACAUAUUCGACAACAGAUGGACCUGCCCAUAGCUUUUCAUACCAGUAUUUUCUACAUCAUUUUUACUCUCCAUGUACACCUUCACUCAGCACAGCCUUAACAGCAGAACCUGCAUCACGUUGGUGUGGCAACCUGAUUUCAUACACAAGCUGUCUGUAUAUCUCUGUGCAACAGAGACAGUUUACUUAGCCUUAUUCAUACAUUGUUUAAUUUGAGUUUUUUUCGUAAACUGGAAACAUUCAUAGAUAUUGUAUAGUCGUUGCUGAGUUAUGUUUGCUGUCACGUUAAACUGGUGUCGGGAUGAUUGCCACUGAGCAGGACUCAGAACACAGCAUUUUAGAACUGGUGAAACGAAUGGGUCGCUAUUUAUCAGAAGUCUUUAUAGUUCAGUUACAUGUACAGUAUACUCAUUCCAAAUGCCUCAUUUUUAACUCAAGUAUUGUAAAUUUGAAACUUUAACCCAAGUCCUGUAUGUUUUGAGUCAAUGUCUGAUGCUCUCAUUUCGAGUAAUGCGUAGGUGGCGCAUUUGUUGCCAGGUAAAAUAUGUGAUGAUGGUGAUCUUUGCAAAAGAAAUGAUAAUAAAUUAUUGUUUUUUGGUAUCACAGUG